AUCGAUCCUUUCGAUACAACAUCGGUAUCGAUACUUGAGGAUCGAUCCGCCCACCCCUACCCACAAUGCACUGCUGCACGCAUAGGGGGAAGAGCUUUCGCGGGAGAGCCAGCGAGGCCAUCAGCUAGUUUGUUUCAGCAACUUUUGCAGUAUUUUGGUGUUUUAAUCCAGAAGUGAUCAACCGCGCAUCUUGCAGGGGUUGUUGAUCGACUGUCUUUUGAGAGGGAUUGUUGAAAGAAUACGCCAGGCGUUCAAAGGAGUGAAGUCUGGCCCCUCACAGUCUACAGAGGCAGUUUCACCACUGGACUCAGCGUCUGCCGCAGGUGUCCCAAUGGCCAGUGAAGAUUCCUCAGAACAACUUCCAGGAGAUGCAGCUGGUUCAGAAGCGAAGCCAGAUACAGUGGAGUCAUGCCUGCUGGACGCCACUGAUGCUGGUGUAAAUGAACCAAACCUUCAAAACAGCCUGAUGGAAAGCCAUCAGAUGGAGCAGGAGGAAGUAGAGAAGCUUCAAGGGGAGAUGGAGGAAGAUCUGGAUUUCAGACAACAACCGGGUAUGGACCAUGAAAGUGGACCAGAAAAGGACGAUAUAACUGACCAGUACAAAGAAGAAGAAAAUUGUGCACAGGGACAAUCUAAGCAGAAUGCUGAAGAAGUAGAGAAGAAUGAAGAGAGCAAGAUCGCAGAGGAUGCAGCACAGUGUUCAGAAGAGCUUGUGAUUGCUAAAGUCGAGGACUUUACCAAUGAAAUGGCAAUAGAUGUGGACCAGACUGAGGAUCGCGAUGGGAGGAUGGAGGUAGAUGGAUCAGAUGAUGCAGGAAAAUCUUUUCCUAAAUGCAUAAAAAGGGAGAAAACGGAAUCAUCUGUCGUGCAAACACAAUCAAUGUUAAAAACUGAGCUGAAACCUCAAGAGGCCCAGCUCUCUGAUGCCCUACCAGUGAAGGUGAAGGAUGAGCCAAUGGAUGAGGAGUAUGAGAAAGUGUCGGAGCAACGUGGCCCAGUGGGCAACAUUAAAGAUGAGCCCAACACAGCAGCUGAGUUUAGCCAGACACCUGAAGCGAUCAAGAUCAGUGCAGUUUUCUCUGUAGGAGGAAAUGCCACAUCCAUCGCUCCAGCAGCCGUUCCAGCAAAGGCGACGGCACUCCCUACACUAUCCCUUCAUUCUCUGGCCCCUGCCAAUCCAAUUGGUGUGGUCUGCACAGGAUGUAACAAAGUCCUUUUAAAGGGACAGACGGCUUUCCAGCGCAAAGGCUGUCCUAAACUCUACUGUUCACCUCAGUGUCUCUGUAGCACCUCUAAUGUGGUGGUCAAAAUACCUCAGAAGAAACAAUGUCACCACUGCCACAAAGACAUUCUUGAGCCAAAGGAUGUGAUCAUUUCCCAGGUGGACAUGUCAGGGACUGUGAAGGAGUUCUGCAGUCAGAAAUGCCUCCGCGCUUUAAGCCUCAAGUGCAGUGUGUGUCAGAAGACAGGAGUGACUUUCACUCACGAAGUGAACUUAAAGGGCUCCAUCCAUAAGCUGUGCAGCAACAGCUGUUUCAAGCAGUUCCGCUCCUCCAAUAAACUGACUAUGAACAGCUGUGUCAAGUGUGGAGGAUAUUGCAAUGGCACAGACAGUCAGUGUCCGUCUCUGCAGAUAGAGGGCAGUCUUAUGAAGUUCUGCAAACGAAACUGCCUCAUAGGCUUCAAAAAGAAAAGUUUUAAACCAGUCACCUGCAAAAUUUGCCGUACCAUGCGCCCGGUUGCAGAAAUGGUGGACAGUCCGAAUACAGAGGGAAUCAGGGAGCUUUUCUGUUCAACUACCUGUGUCACAGCGAAUAAGGUUCAGACGGUCAGUUCUUCAGGUGCUCCGGUGGAAUGCAACAGCUGCAAGCUUAAACUAGUGCCUCAGUACCAUCUAGCCAUGUCUGACGGAACCAUCCAAAACUUCUGCUCCUUUUCAUGUGUAGUAUCAUAUCAGGAGUCCUUCAGUAAGAUGAAACCUAUCAUGCCGGUAAAUACUGUAACCUCUACAAGCAACAGCACAUCUACCCCAAAACCUGCUGCCCCCAAACCUGCUUCCUCAGACUCCAGCUCAUCAGUGAAGACUAGCUCUUCCAGUGGUCCGGCGCAGACAGUCACCAAGAUCCCCUGCUUUCAGUGUCUGAACUCGUUCUUUCACAGACCAGAGCUGCUGGAGUUUAGGAGGAAAAUGUACACCUUCUGUGGUAACACUUGUAUUGAUGAGUUCAGAAGGAUCUACCGCAUGGAGGCUCGCUGUGAAUACUGCAAGCUUGAUAAAAUUGUAAAAAUAGUGAGAAGGAUAAACAAGGUUGACCGUUCUUUCUGCAGUGAGAGAUGCAAGACACUCUUUGAGAAUAGCCUCUUCAAACGCCGGGGAAAGAAACACUGUUGCAACUGCUUCUACUGUAACAGCACUUCUAAGACUGUAGUGACUGAUGUCUUUGAUGGCAAACAAGAGGAGUUCUGUGGGAAUGAUUGCUUGUUAAAACAUAAUUUAUUGAUCCGUCAGGAAAUAAAGUGCUCAAUGUGCAGGCAGAUGAAGAAGAUGACUGAGACUGUGAAAUGGCUGGGUGAGAUGAAGCAUUUCUGCAGCCUGCGAUGCCUGAUGUUCUUCUGCAGUCUGCAGGGCAUCACUGGAGCCGUUAUCAAAGCUACAAGUAAAUCUCCAGCCACAAAAGGUGUGACCCCAGUAUCCUCUGCAGUUCCUCAAAGUACUAAAGAGGGCACACCAGUCAUUGCAAAUGUCGUCUCGCUUUCAAGUGCAUCCAACGAUCAGCCAGGUGUUUUGGGAAGCACAAAUCCAAAAGGCUCUGUUCCUGUAAAAGUCACAGGAAAUAAACGUGCUGUGAAAGCUCCUGUCUCGUCAUCCAAAACACGGAAUGACAAGGACUUGCCUCAUAAAUCCAUAAGCAAAAACAAAGCCACGUCCUGUAAACCCCACACCUGUGAUGCUGAGACACAAAUAGAUGGAACUCCUAAAGUGAUAGUACUACCUGUGCCAGUGCCAGUGUAUGUGCCAGUUCCCAUGCAUCUCUACACUCAAUACAUUCCACAGUCUGUGGGGCUUCCACUUCCGGUUCCGGUGCCCAUGUUCUUCCCUACAACUCUGGACAGUGCCGAGCACAUUGUGAAGACCAUUCAGGAAAUCAAAGAGAAGAUCCCUAAUAACCCUCUGGAGGCCGACCUCAUCAUGAUGGCAGAGAUGGUGGCUGAGGAUGCAGAGGAGGAGAAACAAAUCAUCUCUAGUGAUCAGACUGGUAGCAUAAUGGAGGGCCUUGAUUUGGAAGAUCUAUCCAGCAAUCUGAGUUGGGAGGAGGACUCUGUGUCUUCUGCCCAGACAUGGGACCAAACCCCAGAGCCUGAGAGGCCUCCUCCGUCCAGAUCUGCCACAGUGACUCCAGUCUCCACUGCAGCAGAAGAGCCACAGAUGGACUUGGAGGCUGAUUUCCCAAUCGAAAGCAUUGAACUUUUCAGAAAGCAAAUGCAAAAGGAGAUAAAUUCUGGCAAACAGAGAUCACGCAAGAGAGGACAUGAUGGCUUCCCUGAGAAGAAACAAGGCAGUAAGUGUGCAUCAGCACCUCCAAACAACCUCUCCAAACUGCAACAUGAAUACGGAGUCAAAGCCUGGAAGAAGUGGGUACGCUGGAGGAACGCCCAACCCAACAUAGAGACUCUCAAAUUUGUCUCACGCAGUAUGACACUAAAGGAGGACUUGUUGAAGUGUUGCACGGCUGAACUAAGCUAUGGCCUCUGCAAGUUCAUUUCUGAGGUUCGUCGACCCAACGGAGAGAAAUACAGCCCUGACAGCAUUUUUUAUCUCUGCUUGGGAAUCCAGCAGUACCUGUUUGAGAACAAUCGGAUGGAGAGCAUCUUCGCAGACGUCUUCUACACCAAAUUCUGCCAUGAAAUGAGCAACAUACUCAGAGGGUGGAAACCAACUAUUUUGCCCAGUGGUUACGUUCAUUCUCGUGUGGAGGAGUAUCAUCUGUGGGACUGUAAACAGCUGGGGGCAUUUUCACCUGGUGUGCUGCUCAACACGCUGCUCUAUUUCUUCUCCAAGUACUUCAACUACAAGACAGCAGAGCAGCACCGUCGCCUCUCUUUUGGCCACAUCAAACGCUACUCUCGAGGACAGGCCAACAACAAAGUGUCCUUCCUGCGUUUCUAUCCCCCAAAAGAGGAUGCAAGCACAGACGGUGUCCCUCUAAAGAAGAAGAAGAAGGAAGAUGAACGGCAAAGGGUGCUAAAAAUACGGCAGAAUUCAGACAAUCCCCUCCGCUGUCCUGUCAGGCUGUACGAGUUCUAUCUCUCAAAAUGUUCACCCGGCAUAAGACAUGACACAACCCAGUUUUACCUGAGCCCCGAGCGCUCAUGUGUACCCAGCAGUCCCACAUGGUUCUCAACCACCUCUCUGAGUGAUGAGGCUCUGGACAGCAUGCUCACACGUAUCCUUACUGUCAGAGAGCUGCACCUGGAGAGAGACAAAUCACCCAAUGAGACUGACUCCGACAGUGACUCGGACUUCACACCGUUUUAGUACCACAAUAAUGAAAAAACCUGAAUGUGUCCUGUGGGAUUUUGACUGUUGUUCUGAAUGCUGAAAAGCAAGUGGUUUGUCAUUUUUUCAUUUUCAAUCUUCUUUUAGUUACAAAGAAGUGCAGCAUUACAGUGGGAUUAUUGUAAGUCGCCACCUUUGUUUUAUAUUUAAACACUAAAGACACUGACAGCAUCAUUCCAAAAAAAGAUUUUGAAAUUGUUGUUUUUCAUUGCAAGCCAUGUUGGUCCAAAUAGAUGGAAUGUUCCUGAAAUUGACUCUUGAUUUCUUGUUUUUAUGGAUAAAAAAAGACUGAAACUGAUUCUGCAAGUCUUUCAUCUUUAUUGACUGAAAAAGAGAUACAAACAUCACCUUUUUACUUGCACAGAAACACUUGGUGCAUAAACCUACACAUUUUUUGU